AUGAAGGUGAUAGAGAAGAUCCGUGAGGCUGCGAAGGAGGACAAGGUGGUGUUCUCGUUCGAAUUCUUCCCACCGAAGACCGAAGAUGGUGUAGACAACCUAUUCGACAGAAUGGAGAGAAUGGUGGUUCACGCCCCUGCGUUCUGCGACAUCACUUGGGGCGCCGGUGGUUCCACCGCAGAUCUGACACUGGAGAUAUCCAAUCGUAUGCAGAACAUAGUGUGCGUGGAGACCAUGAUGCAUCUCACCUGCACCAACAUGCCCGUGGAGAAGAUCGACAACGCCCUCAACACCAUCAAGUCCAAUGGGAUUCAGAACGUCCUCGCACUCCGUGGCGACCCACCUCACGGCCAGGACAAGUUUGUGCAGGUCGAGGGUGGCUUUGCUUGUGCUCUUGAUCUGGUGAAGCAUAUCCGCUCCGAAUAUGGGGACUACUUUGGUGUAACGGUUGCUGGUUAUCCAGAGGCGCAUCCUGAUGUCAUACAGAGUAAUGGUUUGGCUACACCAGAGGCAUACCGGAAUGACCUUGCUUAUCUCAAGAGAAAGGUUGAUGCUGGAGCAGAUCUUAUUGUCACUCAACUUUUCUAUGAUACAGAUAUUUUCCUCAAAUUUGUGAAUGACUGUCGUGAACUUGGAAUAUCUUGUCCCAUUGUUCCAGGCAUUAUGCCCAUAAACAACUAUAAGGGCUUCCUCCGCAUGACUGGUUUUUGCAAAACAAAGGUACCAUCUGAGAUUACCGCUGCCUUGGAACCCAUCAAGGAUAAUGAAGAAGCUGUCAGAGCCUAUGGAGUUCACCUUGGAACUGAAAUGUGCAAGAAGAUUUUGGCUAGUGGGAUUAAGACAUUGCAUCUUUAUACGUUAAACAUGGAGAAAUCAGCAUUGGCAAUAUUAAUGAAUCUUGGACUAAUCGAAGAGUCUAAAAUUUCAAGGUCCUUGCCAUGGAGACGGCCUACAAAUGUUAAUCGUGUUAAAGAAGAUGUUCGACCAAUAUUCUGGGCUAAUCGUCCCAAAAGCUACAUAGCAAGGACUAUAGGUUGGGAGCAAUACCCACAUGGACGAUGGGGUGAUUCUCGUAAUGCAUCAUAUGGAACACUAUCUGAUUAUCAGGUGACGAAGACUGACAAGUGUACGAAUGAAAUACACAAGCACACACCUCUUAGAGAAGUCAACAAUUUUGGCUUUGGCUAA